AGAAGAAGAAGAGGGAGGAGGUGUCGCCGCCGCCGCGGCAGAACCCGGAGCCUGAAGACGCCCCUCGUCGCUAUGAGAUCCACCGUGUACAAAGCCACCGCGGCGGCAGCAACGACGACGACGGGGCCGGGCUUGCUGGAGUCUGGCCCGGAGGAAGAGGAGGAGCCGCCGCCGCCGCCUCAUCUCCGCCAGCCUCCGCCUCCCCCGCAGAACCAGAUCCCCGUGCCGGCCCCAGCGGCGGCAGCAGCGGCGGGCCCCAAGGGCCGGGCUAUCGUUCCGGCGGCUGCGGCGGCCGCUGCCCCGGGACAGCAGCAGCAGGAAGGCGGUGGGGGCUGCUGCUGGGGUGGCCUGGUCCCCUCGCCGUGCCCGGUCGGCAGCACUCGGCAGGCGGGCGUGGGCGAUGCCGCCGGCAGCUCCCGCCCCUCCAAGUACCAGGCGGUGCUGCCCGGACACACCGCUGCUGCUGCCGCCGCCACCAGCGCCGCCGCCAAGGACUGCAAGCGAGGCGGCGGCGGCCCUCCCGCGGGGCCUGGAGGAGCUCCGGCGUCACUUUCUCCCUCUCCUACGCCGCCGCCGCUACCGCCGCCGCCGUUUUCCGCCACGACCGAACCUGGACAGCCUCCUCCAGCCCCAACAGCGGUGCCGGCGGCGGCGGCGAGAGGAUCUCCGGCCUCUUCCGAGCCCGGCGGCAAGUGGAAAAGCAGCGGCAGCAGCAGCACCGGGAGCGGCGGUGGGGGAAGCAGCCUUUGGAAGAGCCCCAUGGGGGCCGGCGGGGGUGCCUCCUGCCAGACGGCCUGCCUCAAGCAGAUCCUGCUUCUCCAGCUGGACCUUAUCGAGCAGCAGCAGCAACAGUUGCAGGCCAAGGAAAAGGAGAUCGAGGAACUCAAGGCCGAGAAGGACACACUCUUUGCUCGAAUUGAGCGUAUGGAAAGGAGGAUGCAGCUGGUGAAGAAGGACAAUGAGCGUGAGAAACACAAGAUAUUUCAAGGGUAUGAGACGGAUGAGAAGGUUGAGUCUGAAGCACCAGAGAAGUUGCCCAUAGAAUGCCAACCACCAGAACUUCUGGAGACGUCACAACCACUGCCUUUGAAGCAUUUUUCAUAUGGGAGGAAUGGGAAGGGUCACAAACGGAAGUCUGCAUUUGGAAGUGCCGAGAGGAAAACUCCAGUGAAGAAGCUGGUGGCCGAAUUCUCAAAAGUCAAGUGUAAAACGCCAAAGGCUUCCCCAUUGAAAGAGGAACCCAGCAGUUCAUUAACUGAAUCAAUUAGCAGACGUGAACUGCGAAGUCAGGAGACUCCUGAGAAAGCCCGGUCAUUAGCGGACACUCCACUGAAAUCAUUGGCUCCUUUGAGAGGAUCUGGGUGCCAUUCAAAAGACAAGAGUUCCUCCAGUGAAACAGAAGACUUGCCGUACCUUUCCACCACAGAAAUGUACUUAUGCCGGUGGCACCAGCCACCUCCUUCACCGUUGCGAGAGACUUCUCCCAAGAAGGAGGAGAUUGUAGCAAUUCCAUCCUGGAGGGACCACAUGGUAGAGCCUCUGAGGGACCUGAAUACUUCAGAACUUUUAGAGAACUUGGAUGACAGCGUCUUCUCCAAACGGCAUGCAAAGUUGGAAUUGGAUGAGAAGAGGAGGAAAAGGUGGGAUAUUCAGCGUAUCCGAGAGCAAAGAAUUUUGCAGCGACUACAACUCAGAAUGUAUAAAAAGAAAGGAAUUCAGGAAUCUGAGCCUGAAGUUACCUCAUUUUUCCCAGAGUCAGAUGAUGUUGAAAGCUUGCUGAUCACCCCUUACUUGCCUGUUGUAGCAUUUGGCCGACCGUUACCAAAAUUAAACCCACAGAAUUUUGAACUGCCGUGGCUGGAUGAGCGAAGCCGUUGCCGGUUGGAGAUGCAGAAGAAACAGACUCCUCACCGGACAUGCAGAAAAUAGGCAUGUCCAACUAGGAGAAAACUCUGCCUUGAUGGUAGGCUUGUGCUAUUUGCAGCAAAUGGCAGAGAACCUAUAUGUUCUGUCAUGUCACUCUUUCCCCCGUGAUGUACAUUCUUGUUCACUAUAAAUAAUUUUUAUGCUCACAUAUAGUUUUAUUUUCUCCCCCCCCCAACCCCAUGAACUUCUUCACUGGUUUUCCAUUUUUUCCUAUAUCUGGCAGAAAGUACUGGAGGCUUGUGUUGGGACAGCAAGAUUGGCAGCUUACAAUGCACUUCAGUUUAUACCUAUUGGAUAAUUAACAGCCAUUUAAAAACUGAAAGGUGGACAAGCAUUAAAAAAUACAAUGAAACUUCUCAUUUGUAAGUUCUCGAGCAUGCAAAGCCCAGCCCUGCUUUUACAAACUAAUAAAGCCUUUUGAAAUAUUUAGCCUGCUGGUUAACGACCUUGAACAUUGUGUGGGUGGGAGACACAUUACCCAUUAAGAUAUAUUGGGCAAACAUUGAUGCUUCUUCUUGUCCUGGUGCUUGUAAUUGCUGUUCUAAAAAGGCUCCGCAUAUGGUUCUAUACAUUUCCUCCCACCUCGUUUGGUUUUUCAUGUUCUACUGUGAUGAUACGGCUAGUUAAUAUAUUUUCAAUGGGUAUAAACAACCCUUGUUCAUGCCUUCUGCUUCUGAUUACAGGAUAGCAGAUUAUUAAAACUUGACAUUUUAUUACUGAUAGUAAAGGGCUCCAUACCUUGACAACUAUGUCACACUGUUUCUUCUGUUGGAACAGUUAGGUAUAAACCAGGGUUGACAGUGCAAUGUCAGAUUGUCUCCAGACUUUUACUGGUUUGUUUUACCAGCAGGCUCUUUAUUUCUUAGUUUUCUUCUGUUAUAUACAGUGUGGCUAAAUUGUAGGCUAUUUUUAUAUAUAAAAGAAACAAAAUUUUGCACAAUUCUAGUUUCUUAUUGGAAAUUCUCAGUGGCCAUGCCUCCAGAUUUGCUAGUAAAUGAGGCGUGGUGAAUUGAGUAGAUACCGACCCGUGGCACUGCCAAGCAGCACAAAUGGCAUCUCAAAAAUAGUCCACCCCAGCUUCACCAAAAAUCCCAGACUCUGCCUCUUGCCUGGUAUAUGAUGGAAGGACUUUGUUGCUUAGCAACCACCAUGUGCUUCCAUCCCCAGAUCCGGCAAAGCAACUGCUACUGGAGGGAAGGGCAGCAAUGAGAGAGGGAAAAGGAUUUUAUCCUCUUGCCAUACGUAAAGUAAUUAAUCCCCCCAAUACCUCUUGAAAACGAUGGUUUCCUCCCCCUGCCUGAAGUCCAUUGCAACAUAAGUUUAUAUGUAUCUUAGGGAAGGUUAAAGUCUGUUAGAGAAGUGGUUGUACCUGUAUUCUUCACUACAGCAACUCCCAUUUGUUUACACUGAGUUAAAUCAAAGUAACAGCUGAACCCUUGUGUCUCUUUGAAGCUUGUUUAGCAUCUUUUAAGUAAGAUUCCAGCUCGUGAAGAUGAAACAUUCAUCCUCUCCAGAGAACAGGGAAUUCCUCUAUAAUUCCACAUGCUCAUCUGCCUGAUCCAUGCAAUUGCAGGAAGCUGCCUGGGUGUGUGUGCAUAUGCACACAUGCUUAGAAGAGCAGUGAAGCUACCUUUUACUUCUUUGCAUUGAAUGAAACUUCUGUAUAAAUAGAAAGAAAGCUCUGGGUCUCAGUUUCAUUGUUUGUUGCAGAUCCCAGUGCAGGAUGAUGUCCAAUGCUUUUGCACACUAAGGACAUCAUGAAGGGUAAACGCUUAUCUAACACAUUUGUUUUUCUAUCACAUCUUUCAAAUACUUCCGGUAGUUGCUGUUCCACUUCUGGGUUACCUUCCCUGGGAAUUCAGAAGGAUACCCCCCCCCCCGAGUAGCACGCUCAAUGUGAACAUAGUUAAAGAGGUCAUGAGUGUGGCUUAAACUUCAGAAUGAUAAAAACAGAUCCUGUCUUUUGCCAAGUAAUCUGUGUAGUUGAGGUAGUGCACAAUGCUUGCCUAAUUUAAUUUAAAAUAAGGCUGUAUUUGAAUCUUUUGCUUUUUUAGCAUGCCAGCAUGCAUCCUUAUUUUUAUUUCUUUUUUGUACCCUGCAGUUACAAGCCUGGAUGUAAAAAAAAAAGCAAGCCUCAAGUAUAGGUUUCUUGAAGGCACUGAUUUCAGAUUUGAUCCUGUCAACACUUGGGCCUACUUUCUACUCUCAAGUAAGCACAAGCAGUUUGCAAGAUCAUGUCUUAAAUCUAUAUCCCAUUGGGGGAGGGGAUAACUGCUUUUGCUUAGCUCAGAAAACAUCUAUUAUCAGAAGUGCCACAGUGUGUGUUUCUGAAAUAGAACAGCAAAAUAUUCAAUAGUCAAUAGUGUGCUGGUUUACAAGAACAAUCUCACUUAAAUAAUAACACAUGCAAUUUAGAUCUAAGAGGAUGGGUAGGUGUGUGGAAAUAGGUAGGGGUUGUACAAAGCAUUUGCAGUGGAUGUUAGUUGGGAGUGGAGGGAAUAGCCUUCCCUAUAGGGGAUACAGCACUGUGAAAUUUGUAUUUGCCCUUGCAAAUUAGAUCUGAUACUUGGUUUAGGACAAAACCUUACUUUUAACCAAGCUUAUGGUAGUUCAAAAAAAAAGUGUCUGUUAAUCCCCUCUUUUGUUUUCUGCCCUUUGACAUGUGGUUGUCUGCAAAUGCAUCCUUUUUGAUACCAUUUUAAAUAUGUAAAAUCAGUUGUCUUGUAAAUAUCUUAUAAAGGAAAAAAAAGUUUGUAAAUACCAAAUUUGUGGCUGUUAAUGUUUGGGGUUUUUGUUUUUUAAAAACUUUUUGCUUCAGUUCAUUUAGGUUUAACAGUGUUAACAGGGAGUAUUAAGAAAAAUUCUGCUUGUAUGUUUAAACAAAAUUGAAACAAAUCAUUUUUUUUUACAAUAAAAUGGAAAGAAUAUUGA